UGUGUCGUCGAUGCUUUUAUUGUGAUAGCCGUAUCCGGAAGCGAGGCCGUCUUCUUCUGUGGUUCUUGACUCCAGUGUUUGGAGGCUUUAGUAGAGCUUUAUGUAACUGUUAAUGCUAUAAAAACAAGCAGGACGCCUCUUUUACUAAAAAAAAACAUGUCAGCGAGCUAGCAAAAAAAUAAGUAAACAAACGGUUAGUAGUCGAGUUAAUCGGUUCAGCACGAAACGGUAAUAUGUCUUUAUCUGCGCCUUUCGGUUAGUAAACUAAAUGAGUUGACUGCGUUGUGUUAUUUUGCGUUUUGGGCAUUUUUAUCACCAGUUAAAAUAUGAAUUAAUGUAUGUAAAGCGAUAAAAUCAGAGUGACAGAGUCAUGGUGCAGGACGAAGAGCUCUGGGACAUUUAGUACUCUCUCAGUGACCUCACAUUCCUCAUCUACGUUAACAGAAGAGUUACUAACUUAUAACAUUAUCUUUUCAUUUUAAACAAUCAUGGCUGCUGCAUUGUUCAGAAGAGGAGCAGGAUUAUGUGUGACAUGUAUUCACAGGGAGUUGUGCAGAGUGGUGUGGAGGCCACAAGCUGCACUUUACAGCUCCAAAUCAUCCGACAGAAAACAACCACGCAAGACACACAUCAAGAAAGCCAAACCUCAGCCAGCAGUGGAUGUUGCGAAACUCCUGGAGCAAAUCUUCUCCCAGCAGAGGCCAGGCACAGCGCCCCCUGCUGGAAAAGUUCGACCUGCCAAAGCCUCCUCCUUGUUUACCAAACCUCCUCCCACCUCCUCAGUGAGGGUCUCCGCCUCAAAUGCUCCUCCUUUUUCAAAGACAGAACCAGCAGUGUCUGUCUUUCCUGCUGCUUCUAGUCUAAAGCAUGCUGAUGCUGAUACAAGCACAGAAACAGCUGCAUUACAGUACCAACCCUCAACUGAAACAAUAGAAACCAAAGUAGAAACUGCUGCAGAGCCAAUUGAACUCACAGAAUCACCCUUGUCUGCCUACAUUGAGGAGAAUAACGCAGAGACUUCACCUUUUCCAGCUGCUACAGUAGAACCCUUCAUAGAAACUACAGUAGAACCACCAAUAGAGUCUAUCAUAUCUCCUGCAGAAACACUAGAAGUUAUAGGUGCUGUUGUUGAAGGUCCAGUAGAGUCUACAAUAGAUGCUCCAACUGAAGAAACUCAGGCCUCAGGAGUGGUUGAUGUCACUCACACUGCCAAAGAAGAACGCUUAAUAGAAACUGCAAUAGAAUCGCAAAUAGAAACCAGCAAUUUUCCUGUGGAAACACGAGGAACUAGAGCUGCUGUUGCUGAGGGUCCAGUAAAGACUACGAUAGAUGUCACAGUAGAUGUAGCAGCUCAGAAAGUAGAAACCAAAAGCACAGAAUCAGGAGUGGUUGACAUUUCACACACUACAACAGUAGAACCUACAUUAGAAAAAGUUGAACCGUCAUUCGAGGCCAGAACCUCCCACGCUGCUGUUGUUGAAUGUGCCAUAGAUGCAACAGUAGAAUCUCAUGCUGAAGUGGCAGAAACCAACAACUUCUUGCAGACUGCUGAAGAAGAACCCUUAUUAGAAACUACAAUAGAUGCAUCAGUAGAGGCCAGCACCCUUCCUCUGGAAACACUAGAAAGUAGAGCUGCUGUGGCUGAAAGUUCAGUAGAAACUACAAUAGAAGCUGAAGCAGAAACAGCUCAGACUGCACACACCAGCAGUACAGACCUUUCACACUGUGCCAAAGAAGAACCCUUAAUAGAAACUGGAAUAGAAUCACCAGUAGAAGCCAACCAUUUUUCUGUAGAAACACUAGAAACUAGAGCUGAUGCUGUUGAGGGUCCAGUAGAGCCUACAAUAGAUGUCACAGUAGAUGUAGAAGUGCAGAAAGUAGAAACCACCAGCACAGACUCAGGAGUUAUUUGCAUUACCAAAGAAGAACCUUUAAUAGAAGCUACAAUAGAAGCAGCAGUAGAUGCUCCUGUUCCUGGAGGUACAAUAGAAACAGAAGCAGCUGAAAACCUCUCACACACUGCCUUAAUCCAAAAUGCAAUAGAAUCUGCACCUUUGCCUUUAAAAAACGAACCCAUAGUAGAAUCAGACGAGGGAGUAAACAGGUCUGAAGAAAUGACUUUAGAGUCAGUAACACUCCUCGAAGACAAGGUUCUGGUCGCGUCUUUAGAAAUCGAUGAGCUCCUGCAAACAAAAUCUUUCCUCGAUGAAAAAGCAGAGAAACAGCUCCAGGAGUUGUUGGUCCAGACGGAGACUGGAGUCGAGAACGAGGCUGCAGCUGAAACGGAGUGUUCAAGCGAAGAUGAAAGCGAGAUUUUAAUUGACGUUCUUUCAAAAUGGGAUUCUCUGUCCAAAGAUCUUAAAGAGUUAGAGGGAGAAAGUGGCAUGUUGUUGAAAGAGCUUUCAUGGCUUGCUCCUGCAGUGCUUUUUAAACCGCCUGGCACAAGUUCAGCUACAGAUCCACCUGUAGGAGUAGAGGGAGAGUGUGUGCUGGUUGAGGAGAAGGUAACCGAAGCAGAGUCAAUGACGCUGGAGUCGAUAACUUUAGCAAACGUGAAGGCUGAAGUUGGAAGUCUUGAAGCCGAAGUUCUGCAAGAAGCUAGGAAUGCACUCGAGAAAGAAGCUGAUGUAUUUGCAGAAAAGGAGAAGAUGGAAGUUACUCCCACGGUGGAGGAUGUUUCUAGUUUUGAGGACACAGCAGAGGCAGACAUUUUAACACUAGAUUCUAUUUCUGAAACCACCGAAGCCGAGAUGUCUGUUAUGCAGGAGGCCAUGUUCGGUUCUGAACAAGGACUGACACAGCCUCUUCAGAAAGCAGAGCACCCGGAUGAAUCGACUGGUCUGGAAGCAGAAAACGAGCCCAGAGAGCAGCAAGAAGUGAGCGUGAUAGAGGCCAUGAGUCUGGAGUCUGUGACUCUGGCUGAAGUUGAGGCCUCCCUGGGAUCUCUGGAGAACAAGUCUCUGAGUGAAACCGCAGAUUACCUGGAGAAGGAAGCGGAAAUUGUUGCCGGAGGGAAGAGGACGGAGGUAGAGGAAAUAGCGGUGUCUGAAGAGACGGCUGAGGCUCUGGAGGUCGAGUCUCUGUUUCUGCCUGAAGCUGACGUACUGGCUGAAGAUCUGCAGAUGGACGCACUGAUGGAGGAGCUGCUGUUCUCUGGGCCUGGGCACAUGACAGAAGGCUCGAAUGGCCAGGAAAUUGUAAGAGCAGAUAUUUCUGAUGAAACUGUUUCCACCACUUCAGUCGAUGUUGAUACAGCGCCUGCAGUGUCGGAUGAUUUUCCAGCUUCUCCUGCUCUGAAGGAGGAGCUGCUGGAGGAGAAAGUGGAGAAAGAGGAGAAGGGAGCACAGGCUGAAGCUUUGGGGAAUGAAGAUGGUACUGGGACACAUGCAGAUUUAGAGCCAGUACAAAGACUCUUCCUGGACAAGAUCAGAGAAUAUAAAAACAUGCACAGGUUGAAUGGAGGACUUUUGGAGGCGGAGCCAGACUAUGAAAAAUACCUGUUAGAGGAGACUGCAAAGCUCCAGAGACUUUAUGGAGGAGGAGACCUGAACAGCUUCCCUCAGUUCACCUUCAUCGAUCCCGAAAUGGACCAGGACUCCAAAUGAUCCGUGACACCCACCUCUUACUCUUUUUGCUCUUCCUUACACUCUUCUCUUUUUGCCUAUCCUCUCCUCCAUUACCUCUUCAUUUCAAUUUUACUACAUUGGAGAGCAGAAACAAGCAAGAAGAAUAGGAAGUUUGUUUGGGCGAUUUGCCAUUAGAAUAAGGGACAAUAUAUUCCAGACUGUUCAAUACUGUGCAAUAAAGAUAGCAACAAAUAAUGCAUAUAUUUUAUUAAAGCAGCAUUUUGAAAAUAGUAAGUCUUAUGUUCUCUGAUGUGUG